AUGGAACCCAAUGCAGACAUUGUUGCUGUAUUUGGACCGCCGCCGGACGGUAUCGACAUCGCUGAGAGCAGCGUCGCGCAAAACAAUGCUGCAGUCAUUGUCCUCGCAGUCCUCGCUUCCGCGGCUGUGGCUUUGAGAAUUCUGUCCAGAUUUCUUCAAGGGCAUGAUUUGAAGGCCGAUGACUGGGCUAUCGUUGGUUCUUUGCUCCUUGUCGGCGCGACGGUCGGCCUGAGCAUCGCUGGCGGUACUUUUGGCGCCGGCAACCAUAUCUGGUCCUUCACACUCCCUGGUCUUACAAAAGUCUUCCAGAUUCUGUACGCCUACACUUUUGUUUAUGGCACCGCCUGCGCCGCGACUAAGAUGUCCAUCCUCCUUUUCUACCAGCGUGUCUUCAUCUCAAGAGUGCCUUCCUUCAGAUUGUCGUUGAUCACGGGCUAUUUCCUCUCCAUUGCCUAUCCGAUUGUCAUUUGGGGAACCAUGGGCAACGCUUGCAAACCCUUGCACUUUUACUGGGACCAGUUCAUUGGAGCGCAAGGGACAUGCAUCGACCUGAACACAUUUUACCUCGCCCUUG